AUGGAUGGCUACGACGAUUGGACGUUGAUAUCCGAGAAUGUCAACUCGUCCUCCAACCAGCCCAACCCCAACUCCACCGACAACAAUAACUCAGUAGCGGCCGCGCUAAUGCCCUUCAAUGUUUUCACCCUCGUCGUCUUCAUCAGCGUCUUCAUCGUGGGUCUUCUGGGUAACACGCUGGUCAUCUACGUGGUGAUUCGCUACACCAAGAUGAAGACUGUAACCAACCUGUACAUCCUCAAUUUAGCCUUGGCGGAUGAACUCUACAUCUUGGGCAUUCCCUUUCUAGGCACCAAUAGUGUGCUCUCCUACUGGCCGUAUGGGGAAUUAUUCUGCAAGGUGUACAUGACUGCUGAUGCCAUGAGCCAGUUCAGCUCCACCUUUUGCCUCACGGUGAUGAGCAUCGAUCGCUACCUGGCUGUGGUUCAUCCUAUGCGCAGUGUCAAAUGGAGGAAGCCAAAGGUUGCCAAGAUUUUCAAUGCUGUGGUGUGGAUUGUGUCCUUUCUGAUUGUGCUGCCGGUCACAAUCUACUCACAUGUACAGGAAGAGGUCAAUGCCUGCAACAUCACCUGGCCUGAGCCGCAUGAACUGCAUGCCAUCGUCUUCAUCCUCUACACAUCCAUACUGGGCUUCUUUGGUCCUCUGGUUAUCAUCUGCCUCUGCUACCUGCUCAUCGUCAUCAAGGUGAGGUCAGCAGGUGUGCGCGCAGGCCGGACUAAGCGCCGCAAGUCGGAGCGGAAGGUGACGCGCAUGGUGGUGAUCAUUGUGUUGGUGUUUGUACUUUGUUGGCUGCCCUUCUUCACCACCAACAUUGUCAACCUGGUUCAUAUCAUCCCGGAGAACAAUAUCAACAUGACAAUCUACUUCUUCCUGGUCAUCCUCACCUACGUCAACUCCUGCGCCAACCCAAUCCUCUAUGCCUUCCUCUCUGACAACUUCCGGCAGAGCUUCCAGAAAGUGCUCUGCAUCCACAAACCAAAUGGUGUUGGAACUGCAAGCCAGACGGGAAGGUUUCAAACUGCAUCCACGGAAAGCCACAUUCCUGUUCUGCCAACCAGAAAUUCAACACAAAAUGGAAAAAUGCAAAGCAUUCAGGUAGUGUGCAAACAAUAUUCAUGUGAUGCAAGUCAUUUCUGA